AGACUCGCCGGGCGCAGGGACCGGCUUGGGCGCGGGGCCGGGUGGGGCGGGGCGGUGGCGCGCGUUCCCCGCUGGCCACAAGGGCCGCCCUGCGCCCGGCGAGGGGCGUGUGCGCGGGCCCCAUGUUCACGGAGCUGAGGACCAAGCUGAGCCCCCCGCGAGGCCGCGCCGGGGCUGUGCGCGCCGGCUUCGGGGAGCGCCGAGAUGUGGACGCCACUGCGCACUUCAGCUUCUGCCGCACCCUCCUGGAGCACACCGUGUCGGCCGAGAGCAUCCCCUGCCACCUGCCCAGGACCCCGGGCACCAGCCUCACCUGGCACGACUCCCGAGGCCAGAGGGCAGCUGGCGGCCGGCCGGUCAAGCUCCUGCAGCAGCCCGGCACCGAGGCCGCCCAGGGCCGGCCGUCCUCCGACCGCUGCGGCCUGUACCACACGAGUCCCCCGCUGGGGGGCCUGACGAGGCCUGUGGUCCUGUGGAGCCAGCAGGACGUCUGCAAGUGGCUCAAGAAGCACUGUCCCCACAACUACCUCGCCUACGUGGAGGCCUUCUCCCAGCACGCCAUCACCGGCCGGGCACUGCUGCGGCUGAACGCGGAGAAGCUGCAGCGCAUGGGGCUGGCACAGGAGGCCCAGCGGCAGGAGGUGCUGCAGCAGGUGCUGCGCCUGCAGGUGCGCGAGGAGGGGCGGAGCCUACAGCUGCUCAGCCAAGCUUCCUUCGGACACAUGUCCUAGUGCCGCCCGAGGCCGGAGCCCCAGACCCCAGCACUGUGACCGGAGCCCGCGGCAAAGACGGGGCACAGCUCCUUCUGGACCUUCAGGGGCGCCCGGGCCCGAGCCUGGCCCAGUGGACGGGUGGGACUGGGCUUGCCUGCUCCAGCCACCGCUGGCCGUGUGCCCAGGCUGUGCCGAGGGUUGGGCGGGUGGAGGCUCUGGGAGUGUGGGCCCGCCUCCGGGACCCGAGCUCCGGCCCACGCCGGGUGCUGCCAGUGGUGUUCGGGGCAGCCACCUGGAGCCAGAGCAGGGCUCGGACGCUCCCCCCCGACUCCCAGGGGAUGUGUAUUUAUAUUUCCUUCACCCCCAUCUUCCGGGGGUCCUGUCCUCUCCCAGGGCCAGAGGUCUGUCUGCCCACCCGUCCAGUUUCACACCCUCCCUGUGCCCACCAAGGACUGCCCACAGAGGCGGGGAAAACUGCCCGGCUCCCCUUGCUGGGUGCCCAACCCCUGCCCGGGCCCAGCGUCCACCCAGCCAAACGGACCCUGCCGGGCGCCUCGCCUCCUUACGUACGGGACCCUCACCACGCCGGCAGCCUUUCACAGGGCCCAGGAGGGGCAGGUCCAGGACCGCCCGAGCACGCAGGACCUAACGCUGUGCAGUGGGGACCCAGCACUCAGAGCCGGGCCGAGCCAGUCCUCUCAGGCUCAUGGAGGCCACCCGGGGGGGGGACAUCAGUGGGUGGGCACUCCCACUGCCCCUUGCCCAGGAAAACCCAGGUUCU